GAGCGCUGAUGUUUAUGUGGACAACAAUAAUCUCAGAUGAGGCCUGUAACUGCAGAUGCGGUGUGAGUUUAUUGCACAUUACAAUGACUCAAAUUCCGAUGUACUGUAGGCAUGACUAAUGUGUUGUAUUGAUUUCCUUCUUGACUUUCCAAAAAGGGAAGUUGAAACAUAAUAACAUGCACUGUGGGGGUAGAAGUUCCUCUUCUCCACACUUCAGGACUUACAACAGCCUACACAGAUGCGUGGUUUUUGUUAUUUUUACCUCUUAAUCCUGACCCAAGUGUCUUCCAGCACCCGCAGCGUCAUUGGCUUCUUUGGGCACAAUGUCACUCUGGCCUGCAGGUAUGACACCUCACAUCACGGCGUCCUGAGUUUCUGUUGGGGACGAGGGGAGGUGCCCACGUUCAAAUGCUCCGACACCAUCGUCUCCUGGGAGGACGGGCCCGUGCCUUCCAUCCCGUCGCCCAGGUACCGGCUGCUGGGCAGCACCGCGGACGGAGAUGUGUCGCUGACCAUCCUGCACGCCCAGAGGAGCGAUGCCGGCCUGUACGGCUGCAGGGUGGAGAUCCCAGGCUGGUUCAAUGACCACAAGGUCAACACGCGUCUCGUCAUGGAGCAAACUCCUCCAGAAAUAGUGACGACAUUCGUGACUAACAAUGAAGAAGUUGUUGACUCAACCUUGGAUCUAUUUGAAGCAAAAUCAACUGCGGUAAAAUCCAAAGACGUCCAUGGAGUGGGGAACAUUGGCAGGGCGACAGCGGUUUUCCUCUCCGCCAUAAUCCUAAUCCUGGUCCUGGUUUUCAGGAGAAGGUUCCUGCCGAAGAGGCCACUUGAACAUCCCCAAACCUCACCUGCUGAAAACGUUUAUGAAGUAUUAUGACGGGUCUCAACAUUAAGAGGAUGAGCGAGUCCAUAAGGCCUUCACGCUUGCUGAAUGUGUCUCCUCGUCUUUGCUGACUUGAUCCACCUCUUCAUCUUUGGAGGGAAAGCGUUUGAGAAUAAUGGGUCCCAGUGCUCUCAGAUAGCUGUGAAAAAAGACAAAUGUUUGUUAUGUGUG